AUGGCUACAAAGCGCAUUAUCUUCUUCGGCCCUCCAGGCUCCGGCAAAGGCACACAAUCCGAAAUUCUUGAAAAGAAGUUUGGCCUUGCCCACAUCUCAACAGGCGACUGCUUCAGAUCCGAGAUUGCUGCUGGCUCUCCAGUUGGCCUCAAGGUCAAGAGCAUCAUUGAGAGUGGCCUUCUUGUCGAUGAUGCAACAGUCAUGGAAGUUUUCGAGGCUGUCCUUGGUAAGAUCCCACCAGAGCAGGGAUUCAUCCUUGAUGGCAUUCCACGUACAAUCAACCAGGCUAAGCUCCUUGCCGAGCUCCUUGAAAAGAUUGGCCGUCCAGUCACACACGUUAUUUAUCUUCAAGUUUCUCGUGAAGAGCUUCAGGAAAGAAUCUGUGGACGCCUCUUCCACCCAGGAUCCGGCAGAACAUACCACACAAAGUUCAAUCCACCAAAGGUUCCAAUGAAAGAUGACCAAACAGGCGAAGAUCUCAUCGUUAGAAAGGACGACACAAUCGAGGUCUUCAACCAGCGUAUGAAUCAGUACGGCAACACAUUCCAGCCAGUCCUUGACUACUACACUCAGCUUGGACUCCUCAAGACAGUCUUAGGAACAGGAAAGCAAGCUAAGCAGGUUACAGAGGAAGUUCUUGCAAUUCUCCAGUAA